AUGGAGGAACUCACAUUGGAAGUGCGAGACUUGGCAAGAGCCGUUAUCAACACGCCUUCUUGUGGAUACCACUAUGGAGACUACUACUCACAACCACCACCAUCACUGUCUCAAAUGAGGUGCGUGGUUACGAAUCCCCUGGAUACUGCCCUGCUCUAUGUUACGAGGAACCUAAGUGAGCGUCUACGUGAUCUGGGUACUACGAUGCAUCACAUGAUUGACCAGUAUCCCUUACCUCAGGGCGACCAGAGUUCCAGAGGAUACCGAGUUCCAAUCGAAGAAACAGCAGCAGCACGCCUACUUACUGUUAUACAAGGCAACAUGAAGGAGGCUGUGAGAGAUCUGAGGACGUCCUUUAGCAGGCCGAUGUCUCGUCCGCGUCCAGGCGAUCAGAAUCCAAACAGGGAGAGGCUCGAGAUAAGCCGACUUUUGGAAGAGGUGGUUGGGCUUGUCGGGGUCAUUAGAAAGGACUUCAGAGAUAUCGUUCUUGACAACAACCAGGUACUUGGUCAGUCUGUCAUCCGGACGACAGUAAACUGCCCACGGAGACCGAAUCCCCAGAUUUAUCUGGAUUCGGGUACAAUCCCACCUAUUUGCGUGCAACCAUGCCCACAGUCGCCUGAGAUGAGAAAGAGGACUCAAGUAGACAUUCCUUCCGAUUCGGCAGUCGAGAAACCAUCCCUGGAGGCCGAUGAGUCGGCGAAAGAGAUUCAUUUUGAGCAUGCACCUGUCCAGACAGGCUGUAGCAAAGUCACGGAGGUGAUGGCCUCGUUACCUGGCAAAGCAUGCAUGCCGUUAACCCAUCUGAUGGACCGACCUAAGGCGAAUCGAGGAGGUAGUCAAACGAGAUCCGUGAACCAAAAAUGUCUACGGUUCGCCAAAAGUUCGACAGUCCCUCCAAAGAAUGAAAAACCAAAACUGUCUGGACUGUCCGGUGAAAAACGACUGCAACAAGUAACUGAGGCACAGGCACCUUUUUCGGCAUCUGGCGGUCAAAUUAUGCCGCUGGAAGACGAUGCACCCGAGGAAGUAAAUUCCUUACCUAAUGAUAUUCCUACAGCAGAUAGUGGGACAGUCACGGCGGAAGGAUCUUCGAGCUCUACGGAAGGUUGUUUGCCAGUGAGGAGUCUGUUGAACUGUCUGCAACGGAGCGACAAGCACAAGGAGGCUCCUACUUCCGCAUCACAAUUGCAAAACCUGGAAGCAAAGCAGACUCCGGUUAUCCUGGAGUCCGAAAAAUCCUCAGGAAGCCAGCCGAGCGACAACAGGUCAGAUGACACCAGGGAAAAGAAGCAAUGGACCUCCGAAGAAACAGUCCUGAAGACUUCCGCACAUGUUCCCAACGAAACGGAUGAAGGUAUUUUCUCCCUGGAAGUUGAUGAGGCAGUGGCUGAAAUAACGACACCUCCACAGAACGGAGCCCUGCGGGGAGAUUUCCACCUGGAACAGCCAUUAAAAGUGCAGUUUUUAAGGGAAGCCCCCGCUGAUGUAAAUACUGUGUUCUGUAAGCAGCCAAACCUGGCAAAAGGAUUGCUUGCCUCUGAAGAAAAUUGUGCAGAGAUUCCCUAUACGGAAGUGUCUUCGGUACUUCUACCGACUGAAUUCUCGGGGGCAGAUUUCGAAGAGGAGGACAGUUACUUAUCUUCUUCACCUCAAACGAGCCAGGAGGAGAACAAUACAGAAGAUGUAGGAGCAAGGCGUCAUAAUAGUGACGCUGGAGAAGAAGGUUGUGCUCAAAGUCUAAAGAAGACUGCUUCUGCUCGAGAACAAUUGGUCAGCGUACUCGACCUAUUGGACAGAUGUGAGCAGCAGGAGUAUUCGGAAGAAGAGUUUCUGAGAGAACUCAAACAGUUAAAUUUGGAGUCCGACCUUCCGUCAACGCACGGUUACUACGCUACUAGUCUUCCAGGCUCCCUGCCUCUUUUUCCCGAAUGGAAUUCCGCCGUAGUCCGGCAUCCACCCUUCACAGCACCAGACAGCGCUAGCCUACGUACUACAACUCGCCUAAGUCGCAGCGAAACCACAACUGCCGUUGACAGCAGUCACGAUCGAGGAAAUUGGCCGACAGAAGGUGUCAGUCUUCGGCCAAAUACAGAAACUGAGGCCAUGAAGCGACAGUCCUUACAAAAGCCCUACGUAGUAGGCGCGAAAGCUGGGAGGUCAGAUAGCUCGGACGCGCCAACGCCUAAAGAUGCCAGUCCCAGAAGCAUAAAUGACAAGAAUCGGCAAGAAUACGAUGAACGUAAGCGACACCCCUCACUAGGAGUAGUGGAAGAAGGACGCUCACACAGUGUCAACGAGGCCGACUUGAACGUCGGAACUGACCAGCCAGCUGCGAAGGAAUCUCCACAAGUAGAGGACUCUUCGAGUGGGAGAACCGAAAGCCUGAGGGAAGCUGAGCCGAGAGACCUGCUUUCCUCAGCUGCAGAGAAAAGAGGCAAACACGAGGAGGGAGUCAGCAACGACCGAUUACUUGUCCCGGAGAUAAAGAUUGCAAAUGAGUCAUUCCAGGGGUUGCCUGACACUGUAGCUGAAAAGUCAAACACUGAUGAUCCGAAUCGUCGGCGGGAACAUGAUUCAGCCGUCGCAGGGCCUAUUUCCAAUGAGCCUAUUCUGCGUGUCAUCGACUGUAGGCCAAUACCAUUCGUAGGCGAAUCUACAAGUGAUGGAAAUCCAACAAACUGUUCACCACCCCUAGGCUCCGACAGCAAUGUCGUUUGUAAAGCUCACUGUGGCAGCACCGUGUCUCAGGAGAUCCUCCAAGAUUAUUACAAGCUUCUCGCGAUGGCCGGACGAGGACCUAUGACUUGUCACGAAUGGUGCCCGCACAUGGAGCCACACCUCAGGAAUGAAUGUCGAACUUACAAGUGUUGCUGUACUGGGGCUGUAGACGACUGGCGUCCGAUCUGUCAGCCUCCGGCAUAUGGUGAAUGUUCCGAAAGACAGCUUGAUGGGACCAUUUACACUGACUGUGGCCGUCGGCCGUGCAGACUACUGGAUGGCUGUCCUCCACAGUGCGGGACUUGGAAGUGCGCGACAUGUGGAGAAUGUUCCGAAAGACACUUAGGUGGGGCAAUUUACACUGUCUGCGACCGUCAGCCUUAUGUAACCUCGGAUUGCUGCCCCCCACCGUGCGGGGCUCCAAAAUGCCCGAGCACCGUUACCAUGCCUAAAGUACCUACUCACCGCAGGAGUGGAUAUAAAUCAUGCCGUUUCUGUCGACACCGCAUACCGACAUUUAACAGAUGCGCAAAUCGUAUCGAAGGGACCACAGGAUUACCCUUUGGAGGAACUCCCAUAGCUGACUGGAGGACUUUCCGCGGAGACUCAUACAACAUGGCCAUGGUUGCUAAUUCACCACCAAACCCAAGUUUCCAUGGUUUUAAGACAAAUGGGGCGGAACGUCCAACGAACGGUUGUCACUGUGGCGUAUCGCAGUACGCCAAAUGUUUUGAAAAAGCAACGUCUAAGUCAGAAUGUGUCCUUGCAAAGCCGAGGUGCCGAGAUGCAAUCAGCAAAGGACACGCGAGGGCUGGCAGAUCGGCUCUUAAUCCGACCGCAGUACAGAAUUUCCAUAGUUCAGCAAACCAACCUUUGCAGAAUGAGGACUAUCGGGAUCAGAAUUUGCAUGGGUCUCGUAAAGCUUAUUCUACGACAGACAGCGAUAACGAUGGGCCUACGUUCACAGACAGGUCUACCUGCUUUGAUUUGAAAUCUCAGAAUGAUUGUGACAUCUGCCAGAGUGUCAGCACGUCAGUUAGCAAAGCUGAAGAGACUCCAAGGAAGUGCAAUGUCGAAGAAAUGCCUCCUGCAGUUUGUCAUGGAAGUCUAGAUGAAAUAGUCUCUGGUGGACGAGAUCGGGACUGUUUCCAAGACAAGAAUGAAAGAGCAUCUCUCCUUGAUCGGACGUCAUUUAGACGAACACAUGAGCCUCCUGGAGUCAGACACGAAAACAUUCGUGGAGAACCCACAUGCUCCUCACGGUUCUCUGGGAGGCAACCCGAAGACAGUCUUCAGGAGUUCGGGCCGGCCUUCAGCAGGGACUGUGAUAACUUCCUCCGGGUGGACCUUUGUGGUGCCACUGGUCUACAGGAGGCUCCGGAUCAGAAAUGUUUUGCUUGUCACGAACCUCCGAGUCAAUCUGACGUAAUGUCACACAGUUCCUGGAGGUCAGAAGUCCCAUGUCGGCCAAUCAACAGGCCGCCUGCAGUGCAUCGAUCGUCCAAAACGUCGAGCCAACAGGAAUUUGACACCAACACAGUUCAGACCGUGGAUGCUCAACUGAUGGACGUUCUGGAGCGUGUGGAAAGCAUGGCCUCAACGCCAUUUCCGCCAAACCGCCUUUUGACAGACGCUCUGGCUGUAGUAAAUGCCAGUCUCGAUGCCAGACACGGGGUAAGAGCAGGUUGCAGUGGCAUGAAGUCGUUUUCAAGCCCAGAUGAGGGCAAACGCUGCGGCCUUCAGUCCAAAAAACUAAAGCCAGUGACCCGAAAACGAUCGUCAGAGUACGCUACAGUCUGGUGGCUGGAUAGUCCCGUGAAGGUAAGGCGCAGAAAGAAAAGGAGGAAAAAAUUGUCUAGGAGUGCAGAAUUAAACGAGCUCCAGAUAGCUAAAGAGAAGGCUGCAGCCCUGUCAGAAAACAGCACAGACCAGCUGAUCCAGAUACUCGACCUGUUGGAGCGUCGUGACAGGGCCGGCACGACAGAUGAGGAGGCCUUGAGUGAAAUGCAGACUGCUCAGUGCUCACAACUGGAUAACCCAUCCACUACGGCUUCUCAAAAUCCGUCCAAGCCGGAUGCGCCUACAGCGGUCUGGACAGAAUCACCACCAUGUCGGUGUUGCUCUCAUCUACUCCCGCCACAACGACCAACUAACAUUGUAGUGUUGUCCCCUCCCCAACAUUACACUCACACCGACAAGUACACUCGACCCAAUCCUCGCCCGUUUGCGGCCCAGUCAGCUGCGUCGACCAGUUGGCCAUCUGUGUGGCCAUGGACACGACAACUAGGUCCUCCGCGGGUACCAGCGCCCUGGUUCACGGAACCCUCGAUCACAGACUGGCUGUCAGCUCUACUUGGCGAAUACGGAGACCUUGGUGGAUCAAAACCACUUCGGAUAACCAUCCGGGAAAUGACCAAUAACGGCGCGAAGGAAGACGAAGAGGGCCAAUAG